AUGGCUGCGGAAUCGCUUCUGAAAACGGGCAAGCAUUCGAAAUAUACAUCGUAUAGAAAAAUCUUGUAUCAUAGGUUCUUCGUCGGCCUACUCUUGUUUAUAGUGGUAUCUUUAGUGUUUACUGUGGUGUUUAAUACGUUUUCUGGUAGUGCGACGCGGAUAGAUGUGUAUCAAGCUGUGAAUUUGGACUCGACAAGUUUUGAAGUGGUUAAAAUCAGCAGUAGUGCUCUGGAGGCGCAUCCUCGUGUCUCCAACUGCACUUACUGGGACUGCGUCGAUGUCUACAGAUGUGGAAAAGGCGGACACAACAAGAUAACAAUAUACAUAUAUCCAAUAAAAGACUAUCAGACUGAAAAUGGGAAUUCUAUAUCAAGAUUUUCUAAAGAAUUUUAUAUGAUAUUAGAUACUAUAAAACGUAGUAAAUAUUACACGCCUGACCCGGAGGAGGCGUGCCUGUUAGUACCUAGUAUAGAUACUCUGAAUCAACAUAGUUUCUCAAGUAAACAUGUCGCACAAGUGCUGCAGUCUUUGCCAUAUUGGAACCACGGUGAAAACCACCUUAUAUUCAACAUGCUGCCAGGGUCCGCACCCAAUUACAACUCCGUGGUGGAUCUCAACACCAGCCGAGCUAUUAUAGCAGGAGCUGGGUUCAACACAUGGACAUUUAGAUACAAUUUUGACGUAUCAAUACCAGUGUACAGUGCUGUCGCAGAGACAAUCGACAGCACCCAACCAGAACAAAAGAAGUACCUUAUAAUAUCAACGCAGCUCAAUAUACCACACAAUUAUUUAGAAGAAUUACAGAACAUUGCAUCUUCGUCCAACGAUCUCUUGUUGUUGGACCGGUGUAAGACUGACAAAACAGAUUACAGUAAGCGGUGUGAGUACACCACGGGUAGACAAUUUGACUACCCCAAUGUCCUGAAGGAUGGGAUGUUCUGUUUAGUUAUAAGAAGUGCGAGGUUGGCGCAAGCUGUGCUGAUGGAUAUUCUUGCUUCUCAGUGUAUACCAGUAGUGAUUGCGGACUCCGUAGUGAUGCCAUUUAGUUCGCAUGUUGAUUGGAAUAAACUAGCACUGUUUGUACCGGAAGACAAUAUAAAGAAUUUAGUUAAAAUUGUGCAUUCAGUGAGUAAAGAGCGCCGUGGAGAGCUCUACUGGCAGCUAAGAUGGGCAUUUGAUAGAUAUUUUGCUAGUAUAGAGAAGAUAACAUUGACUGCUUUAGAGAUAAUUAAUGAGAAAGUGUUUGCGUUGGCCGCCAGGACGUAUGAAGAGUGGAACAUGCCUGAACACUUGUACGGUCCAGUGAAUCCACUCUUCUUGCCGGUGACCGCGUCCAAAGCGGCCGGCUUCACCGCGGUCAUACUAACGUACGACCGGGUAGACAGCCUGUUCGCGCUGGUGUCCAAACUGGUGCGGACACCGAGCCUAGCCAAGAUACUAGUCGUUUGGAAUAAUCAGAAAAAGGCGCCGCCUCCUUCAUCCGAAUGGCCAGUUACAAACAAGCCGUUGAAAGUGAUACGAACCAAAGAGAACAAACUGUCAAAUAGAUUUUUCCCGUACGACGAGAUUGAGACUGAGUGUCAGCUGACCAUUGAUGACGAUAUCGUCAUGUUGACGCCUGAUGAGUUGGAAUUUGGUUUCGACGUGUGGCGUGAGUUCCCCGACCGGAUAGUGGGGUUUCCGUCCAGGCUGCACGUUUGGGAUAACACCACCAACUCGUGGCGAUACCACAGCGAGUGGACCAACCAGAUUUCUAUGGUGUUAACGGGCGCAGCGUUUCACCACAAGAUCUGGUCAUGGUACUACACGUACAAGAUGCCACCGGAGAUCAGGAGCUGGGUGGACGACAACUUCAACUGCGAGGAUAUUGCCAUGAACUUCCUCGUCGCUAAUGUUACUAGGAAGGCGCCAAUUAAGGUGACGCCUCGCAAAAAAUUCAAGUGUCCAGAAUGCACGAAUACAGAGAUGUUAUCAGCCGACGCUAGGCAUAUGUCGCAGCGGUCGGCGUGCAUCGCUCGCUUCGCAGAAAUAUACGGCCACAUGGCCUUACAGCCAGUCGAGUUUAGAGCUGACCCGCUCCAGUACAGGGAGACUGGAUCGGGAAUACCGCACGCGUACCCGGACAUAGGCGCGUUGUAA